UUUUUCCGCUUUUUUUCGGGGAAAGUGAGUUUUUGGGGUGGUUGGUAAAUGAAAAAUCAGUUUUACUUUCGUUACCUUCAUUGGGAAUACGAAAGAUUGUGGUGACGUUUUGGCCACACUUGACUGAAUCUGGUAUUGAAGUUUUUCUAAACACCGAGGGAAAUGUCGCAACAAAAACUCUUUGCAUGGUUAAAAAAAAUGGAGAGAUUCUUCAUUUACACAAGUGAUGAAGAAUCGCAGAGAAAAAAAAACUGAACAACUAAAACAAUGAAAUAUCUAUUUUGACCACAACAUCUCAUUAAAGUAAAUUUCUUUUCAAUGGGUGACUUACGGUGUCGGAAUGGUAGUGGUCAGAUUUGUAGUAUAAAUGGAAAAUGUCAACAAAUGCCAGACAUUAGUUUCAAUCAUAACAUCUUGGCCAAAACAUAGCCAGCCGGAGUCAUACAAUUGGAUAAACUACACAUCACAAUGCAGUCAUCAUGGAAAACCUUGGAAUAUUUAUUUUAUUUGGGCAUUUUCAUAUUGCUGUUGAAAUUUUCUGAAAGUGCCAGUAUAGAUGUUGAAACCACCACCGAAAGAUCCUCGAACGAGAAUAGACCGAGUGUUAAGCAAACGUUGGAGGAGUGUAAUACUUCGUUCAGUUGGAUAUGUUUGAAAAUUGAAUUUGUUAAAAUUCUGGAGUAUUUAACCGAACGUGAGGAGCUACGUCUAUUGAAUGGCAUUAGUCUGGUGAAAGAUCCUGAGGCCAAGGAAAUCAAGACUUCAGAAUUGAUGGCUGAUGUGGCACGUAGUUACCCAAAUGAUCCCAAUGCUCGAAUAAAUGGUUUUAUUGUCAACAAAAUCAACAACUUCCUACAAACACAUUAUCUACGCUUUAAACUGAUUGACGACAAAACCGUAAUGCAGGCCAGAUCUUUGGUGGAAACAGGACGAAAGGAUAAGUUUGGUAAAAAAGGAGGCAUGGAAAUGCUCUUGGCGGCCGGUCUAAUGAUGAAAGGCACCCUCAUGGCCAUGGGUAUGGGUGGCAUUGCUUUGAUGGCUGGCAAGGCAUUAAUGGCCGGUCUCAUGGCCCUGACAUUAUCCGCCGUAAUUGGUUUGAAGAGUUUAGCUGGCGGUGGUGGGAAAUCACACACAUAUGAGAUUGUAACAAAACCAAUUUAUACUUCAAGUCAUUCGCACUCGGGUGGUCAUGAUGACGGCCACAUUGGCCAUGUUGGACACAGUGGCAGUGGCUAUGCUGGAUAUGGACGGUCAUUAAAUUUAAAUUUACCUGCAAGUUUGAAGGAGAACAAAGUUCAUUAAAACAAAGUCGUAGCGAUAAAUUGGCACUUGAUCCUAAAAACUAACUGAACUGAAUAUUUAAUGUAAUGUAAUUUAUUUAUUUAUUUAUUAAUAGUUUAAGUAACUUUUUGCAACGAAAAAUAUUAAAAUGCGUGAACUAAUAAA